ACCAAACAGCUGUUUCCUAAAAUUUCCUUUUGUUGCAGUGGGUCAGCAAUUCAUUUAGCUUAUAUUUUACCGAAUUCUUAUAAGUUAAUAACAUCAACAACGGCUAAAAAUGGGCACAAAAAUUGUCAACCGCAUAGUGUUAGUCACGGGGCUUAUAAGUUUGUUGCAUGCCGCCUUUUCCGCAGCACACCAUCGCACUUAUAUGCGGCUAACUGAACAGGAUUGGACGCAGCUGCCAGUGGAUAUCGUCGUGCAGACCGUUGUCAGCUUGCUGGUGGUAGUUUACAAUGUAAUCCAAGUAGUUGGCAAUUUUAAAGAAAUUCGGGCAACAGUUGAUAUGCAAGAGAAGUCGUGGGAUACCUUGGGUAAUUUACCAUCAUUUUACACAUUCAAUCAUCGCGGUAUGGCGCUAUAUCAAAACUAUGAGCAGGAGGAAUCAUCCAGUGCUGGAAGCAAAAGUAGUCUAGAUGUAGAAUAUUAGCAAAGCAACUUAUACAUUUUAAGUAUAUUAUAGUAUUUUCGGAUACCAACUAUGGAAUAUGCAAAUGGAAUAAAUCGGCAAUUUUUAAAACAAGA